UAUAUGACAACCCAUCAGAGGGGAACUUCAUGGUGUUGGUCACUCAGCUGACUCCUGCGUACAGUGGAACAUAUGAGUGUGUGGUGGAGAGCGACCAUACUACGCCAUCGACUUACAUACAGCUGAAGGUUUCGAAAGGUCAGUGGAACUCUACAGUUGUCUAUCGUCUUUCUAAUGAGAGCAUUGAGUUCAUCUGCACUUUCUCUGAAAAAUACAAAAUAUUUUUGCCAUCGUCAUCGGAAUAUUACCUGCUUCAACUUCCCAACCACACCACAGAAGUGGAGGGUACAGACACUAUCAAAUGACGCUUUCUUUGUGACCCUGGACCAGCUGACGGCAGAAGAUGCCGGAGAUUACUGGUGUGGGGUGCGGGAAACUGUAGGUGAAUCCAUCACUCUGAUCAGCCGGACCCAACUCAUGAUUGAUCCACCCACAUUACCACCAGGUGCUGUUGUGGCUGCCAGUGUUAAUGUUGCUGUAGCUCUGUUGUUGGGGAUCCCAGUCAUCAUCAUCUACAUGUACAGGAGACAGAAAGUAAGAGAGUGUUCCGACCCCUCCAACCAUCGAUCAAACAUCACAGAUAGAGACACAACAGACUACAACCAGACUCAAUUCACCGAAGUCAUUUAUGAAGAGAUAAAGGUCAGCAGAUCUUCUCGUUCCUCAUACACCACACCCAACACUGUUUAUGUCAUGGCUGAAUUACCCACAAUCCCCUCUGAUGACCCCGCCUAUUCCAGUGGCCAGUUUCCCACAACUCCCUCUGUUGAUUCCGCUUCCUGUACUGCUGGAUUAGACCCCCCAGACGAUGCCAUCUACUCAAACUCCUCUUAUCUGACCUCUGAAACAAGGAAUGCCUUGUGA